UUAUGGGUACGAUGAUCUGCUCAAGUAUAGUAUGUUGGCUAGCAAGGUGACCCGGAUUUCUUGCAGAACACCAGAUGGACGCUUGCAAAGGUUUUGUUUUUUGUGGUGAGAAUGAGUGCAUAGGGUGAGGCGUUUUUACCUGACGCCCCCCAGAAUCGAUACUUCGCGCUUGGAACAACUAUCUUAAUGACAUUCUUAACGUUUGACGUCACACCAACCGAUGCUAUGUGUUCUGUAAAUGCGUUCUUUGCCAUCAUCGCAUUGUUGCUGGUAGCGAAUAUUCAAAUGAUUCUCCAACAUCGAAUAUAUGCGCUGUACGCAUAUGACAAAAGAAUCGUCAUCCCUGUGUCGAUGCUGUUCAUCGCGAUCUUCAGCACUAUGAUGGUGAUGGCAGUGGUUGUAUACCUGUAUGAGAAGGAUCACGAAGCUCAGAUCUUUGGCGCAUGCUGUUUACUUGGAUCCAUGGAGUGGUUAUAUCUCUUUUGGGUACCUAUGAUGGGCUUGGAACUUGUUCUGGUCGUGUUGGCAGGCCACAAAUCUCUUCAGCACUAUUUCCAGGUACCAGACAAGACCUGGUCUGGUGCCCGUCUUAUGCGUACCUUUGCGCGAGACUCAGUCCUUUAUUUUCUUUGCAACUUUUUGAUAUAUCUGUUCAGCACAUUGCUAGGCAAAUUCGGUCCUUCUGUGUAUUAUCAACUUGGCGCGAUCACGAUUUCAGUUGUCCCACCUGUAUCGGCGAACCAUCUCCUCAUCAACAUGUAUAACUUUGCACACGACGAGCAGCCCACUUGGACGAUGGUUUCAGAAGCUAAAGCUUCCCUGCAAUUUGUGAAAGACACAUCGAGAGUACACCACGAGGACAUGGAGCUUACAUUCGUGGGGACGAAGGGUUCCAAGCAGGUGGAUGCAUCAUCGUUUGAAUGAUAUCAGUCGGGUUGUAUGAGACUUUGUAUCCGUUCAGGUCCUUUGGUUCUACCACCUGAGCCCAAUAGAGCGCCGCUACC